UAGAGUGGAAAUGACGCCUACGCUUUUAAUAAUUUGUUUUGUAUUUUUAAUAACUACACGUGAUUGUGCAAAAAUAUUAGCCGUUUUUCCAACACCUUCCAUAAGUCAUCAAGUAGUUUUUCGUCCUCUUAUGCACGAAUUAGCUAAGCGUGGUCAUGAAAUUGUAGUAAUUACAACAGAUCCUGCAUUUCCAAAAGGUCAUAGUCCUCAGAAUCUCACAGAAAUUGAUGUUCAUGACGUAUCCUACAAUCUCUGGAAUGAAUUUGUGACCGCUGAAAAAGGAAAAGCAAAUGAAGCGCAUGGACACGUGAAACACAUCUUUGAAUUACUAACAUCAGUAUUCGAAGAGCAAUUAAAAUCUGAUGAUGUGCAAAAUUUAAUCAACGAUAAAAAACUAAAAUUUGAUCUUGUGUUUGUCGAAUCAUGUGUAAGACCAGCUUUGAGCUUUUCAUAUUUGUUUAAUGUACCAGUGAUAGAAAUUAGCUCUCUAGGUGGCAUAUACGGAACAUUUGACACAAUGGGAGUCCCGACACAUCCUCUAUUAUUUCCCAUAGUUACUCGUCAAAGAAUCCAUAAUUUAUCAUUUCUAGAGAAGAUAUUUGAACUAUACAGUCAAUUUUCAUCUGAAAGAACAUUUGGACUACUAGAAAAAUCGGAAAAUGAAAUGUUGAAAAGGCAUUUUGGUCCUGGUAUACCUACGUUAAGGGAACUAAAAAACAAUGUUCAUAUGUUAUUCUUAAAUAUACAUCCAAUAUGGGAUUUUAAUCGGCCUGUAUCACAAAAUAUUUUGUAUUUAGGGGGAAUGCAUCAAAAAUCUGAAAAGGAACUACCAAAGGAUCUCAAAACAUUCCUCGAUUCAUCUAAAAAUGGAGUUAUUUACAUGAGUUUUGGCACAAACGUCAAACCAUCACUUCUUCCGCCAGAAAAAGUUAAAAUAUUUACUACUGUAUUUUCUCAACUGCCCUACGAUAUUUUAUGGAAAUGGGACAAAGAUGAAAUUCCAGGACGGCCCAAGAAUGUAAGAAUUUCCAAAUGGCUUCCACAGUCUGAUUUACUUCGGCAUCCAAAAAUAAAGUUGUUCAUAACACAAGGGGGUCUGCAAUCAACAGAUGAAGCUUUGACAGCAGGAGUGCCUCUUAUCGGAGUGCCAAUGCUUGGCGAUCAGUGGUUCAAUGUUGAAAAAUACGUUAUUCACAACAUAGGAAUAAAGCUUAGCAUAGAAACACUUACGGAUGAAAUACUGAAAAGUUCAAUAGAAAAUGUAAUUGGAAAUACGAGCUACCGUCAAAAUGUCGUCAAGCUACGUAACAUAAUGCAUGAUCAGCCGCAGUUAUCAUUGGAGAAGGCUGUAUGGUGGACGGAAUACUUGCUGCGGCACGGCAGUGCUGUUCAUCUGAGGUCAGCAGCCUCAAACGUACCCUGGAUAGAAUAUUAUGGUUUAGAUAUCAUUAUACCAUUAACUUGUCUUAUUGUAAGUUCAUUAAUAGCGGCCGUUUUAUCAAUACAUUACAUUGUAUUCAAAUUAAAGUAUCUUCGUAUUAAACUUAAAGUAAAUUAA